AUGGUUUCAACCAAGCAGCUUCUGCUUCAGCUUGCCUCUGUACUUUCAACAGCCCAGGCCGCUAUAGUUCACCACCGCAUUGAUGACAGCAGCAACUCCUCCCCUGUCGUCGACCUGGGAUAUGCCAAAUAUCGUGGGGCCAGACUAGAUGCCGGAGUCGAUCAGUUCCUUGGCAUGAGAUUCGCCCAAGCGCCUCUCGGGCAUCUCAGAUUCAGGGCACCACGAGAUCCAACUCCAGAAACGGGAAUUCAAGAUGCCUCACAGUUCGGACCAAUAUGCGUAGCUGUCGGACAAACACCAGACGCCGGCCACGCAGAAGACUGCCUCUUCGUCAACGUCUUCAAACCAUCAGGCGCGAACGAAUGGUCCAAUCUGCCCGUCUGGGUCUACAUCCAAGGCGGCGGCUAUUCGCAAAACUCAAACGCCAACUACAAUGGCACCGAAGUCAUCCAGCAGUCUGGCAAUGGACUCGUCUUUGUCAACUUCAACUACCGCGUUGGCGCACUUGGGUUUCUUGCGAGCGAGCAUGUCCGCAGAGACGGCGACCUCAACGCCGGGCUUUUAGAUCAGAGAAAGCUCCUCCAUUGGGUACAGAGGAACAUCAGAAAAUUUGGCGGCAACCCCAGACACGUUGUCAUCCAAGGCGCAUCCGCCGGCGCCGGUUCCGUAACGCACCACCUCACAGCUUACAGCGCCAGAAAGGACAACCAGCUCUUCGUAGGAGCAAUACCCGAAAGUCCAUUCUGGCCAACUCUCAGAACCGUUAGCGACAUGGAGUUUCAAUAUCAGCAGCUCCUCGCCAACGCCAAUUGCUCAUCCCUCGACUGUCUCCGCGGCCUAGACACACAGACAUUCAUCAGCGUCAGUCCCAACGCGCCAUUCACAGGAGCAGCAAGCAGCAACCCCUUACCAUUAUGGUACUGGCUGCCCGUCAUAGACGGCGACCUCAUCACAGACCACCUCUACACCAACUUUGAAAGAGGCCACUUCAUCCGCGUCCCAGUCCUCGUUGGCGACGACACCGAUGAAGGCACUUACUUCGGCUACAACGCCGCAACCGCAGAACAAGUCCAAGUCUUCAUGAAGAACAACUACCCCCUUCUCCAAGACCCCCAGCUCGAAGCCAUCAGCCAGGCCUAUCCCCUCGCAGCACCCAUGCCCCAGCACGCAGCCUACUUCCCAUCCGCAGAAGCAGCAUACGGUGAAUCUACAUUCACUUGUCCCGGCAACACAGUCGCCGCCUCCGUAGCACGAUAUUUCGAUCCUCGCCGCAUCUGGAACUAUCACUACAACGUCUUGGAUCCGGAUAAUGUAGCCAGUGGCCUCGGAGUGCCUCACACGUUCGAGACGAGUGCCAUAUUUGGGCCUGGAUACUCCGGUGGGGUGGCGGCGUCCUAUUAUACGACAAACGCGGCCAUUGUCCCAGUCACCAUGCAUUAUUUCAUUAGUUUCGUGACGAAACUGAAUCCUAAUACGGCCAAAUAUGCUUCGGCGCCGAAUUGGGAUCCUUGGGGCCAAGGAACGGGAGAGAGAAUCCGGCUGCAGACGAAUAAUACAGCCAUGGAGCCUGUGCCUUCGGAUCAGAUAGCGAGAUGUAAUCUGUGGCAGAGUCUUCAGGGCUACACCCAGAUGUAA